AUGGCUUCCUCUGUCCUGCCUUCUAGAACCUUCCACCCAGGGGCGAAGCUACGUUCUCUUUGCCUGCUUCGCCUCUGCUUCCACCGCCACCCGUUCCCCUCGUCUGCUCCUUAUCCUUUGAGGGAGACUUGCGUCCCGUGCUGCCUCCCCGGCGCCGUCUCCCGGUGGCGGGCUGCCGUGCAGCUCCUCUCCACCGGUUUCUUGACCGCCGUCUUGCCGCCGCCGCUUUCGCUCGCCGCGAGGAGGGGACGCAUUGUAGUGCCACCGGAGGACUAUGCCACUGCACUUGAUGGACUGAAGUACUAUGAUCUUGUUCAAGGGAAGGGUCCAACUGCUGAAAAAGGCUCAACUGUGCAGGUUCAUUUCGACUGCAUAUACCGUGGGAUCACCGCAGUUUCAAGCCGCGAGUCCGAGCUCCUGGCAGGGAACCGAAGUAUCGCGCACGUGAUGCGGAGAGUACCUGCCGACGGCGCCGGAUCCCGCGACCAAGUCCUCGUUCAGCCUGCCUUUCCUCAACACGCCCUCCAUCUCCAGUUGCUCGCAUCCGCCCGAACGCCCGAGCUCAAAUGCUGCCAUUCGCUGCUGAUUCGAGCCCAUCCGCGCUGAUUCAUCGUCCUCCAAACGAGGUCCUCCCCCGCUGAAGCUACCCCCAACGCCGGCUCGAUCUUGGAUAAAUCGCUGCCCACCGGCGUAAGGUACCCUUUUAUCCUCGCCAUGAUUGAUUUCUGUUGUUUUGGUCGAUUUCACUCUGAGAUGCCGAUUAUUUGUGGAGGAUGUAGUUCAAGUUAGGAUGAAUGAAGAUGUUGAGUUUUUGAAUUUUUAUAAUAAACAUGAUGUAAUAAUCUUUGAACUUUAUUGUAAAACAUAAUAUCAAUGCACAAUCUAGAGAUUUCUUAUGC